CCCCCCUUCCUAUGUUUGAAUCAUACUCGCUGCUGCUGCAUCUCGCAACAUUAAAAAAGUCAAAUUUCCGUGGAUAAGGAACAUAGCGGGGUGUUGUCGGAGAGGGAUGAGAGGAGGAGGGGGCAGUAUGAGGUGUGUUUUUUUUGGAAAAGCCGGAGAAAGACGGACACCGAGAAGGUGUACUGAUGCGCGGAAGCCUGCGACGCGUUAUCCUCCUGAGAAAUAAUUGCGAUCAGGGGAAAAAAAUGGCCUAGUUAAAACACCAUCAACACGCCGGCUGAGGUUUAGAAAAGAAGACUCGUGUUUGGACGGACGGGCCAUCGUCAUCGUUACCAUCACAAUUCCCAGUGCCUGCAUCGCGUCUUUUAGGUGUAAUUUGCUUCCUGCCUGCAGCCCUGGAUCCAUCCGGAGUCCCAAAGAGGAAGACACACAAGGCCACAGAGUCUACCUGAGAAUGCCAGCUGUCCCUGCGGCUCACCAUGUCACCAUAGGGAAACGCGUUAAGCUGUCCCCUUCCACAACUCCUCUGUUUUCCUUUGUUAUUUACAAUUACCCACUAGGUCUGUGACCCCUCUCUGCACCCCGCUGAAGUCUGAGUGAUAUGACUAAAAAAGCCUUUAUUUUGGACAUGUUGUUUUUUCCACUCAAUGCUGCCAGCCACCAAGGCUCUGGUGGGAAGCGUCAUUAUAAUUCUCAGCAGAUUGCUAGUCACUGUCUGCUGUGGCUCUUGGGACUAGUGCUACACCUCACCCUCUCCUCGUGUCAACGAGUUGACCUGAAACACCCCAUAGUGUCCACCGGCUAUGGAAAGAUACGCGGCAUCAAGAGGGACCUCAACAACGAGAUCUUGGGCCCCGUGGAACAGUACCUAGGCGUGCCGUACGCCACGGCGCCCGUCGGCGAGCGCCGCUUCCAGCCCCCCGAAGCUCCAGGUUCCUGGCAAGAAAUUCGCAAUGCCACGCAGUUUGCCCCCGUGUGUCCCCAGAACGUCCACGGGGUUCUACCGGAGAUCAUGCUCCCCGUGUGGUUCACAGACAACCUGGACGCUGCAGCGACCUAUGUUCAGAACCAGAGUGAGGACUGCCUCUACCUCAACAUCUAUGUACCAACUGAAGAUGGUCCGCUAACAAAAAAACAAGAUGAGUCUACGAUGAACAGACCAAGAGAUGAAGAUAUUCGGGACCGUCGUAAGAAGCCAGUGAUGCUGUUCAUCCACGGAGGCUCCUACAUGGAGGGCUCAGGGAACUUGUUUGAUGGCAGCGUCCUUGCUGCCUAUGGAAAUGUCAUUGUGGUCACCAUGAACUAUCGGCUCGGCGUGCUCGGGUUUCUGAGCACAGGGGACCAGUCUGCUAAGGGGAACUAUGGCUUGUUGGACCAGAUCCAGGCCCUGCGCUGGCUCAAUGAAAACAUUGGCCACUUUGGAGGAGACCCAGAAAGAAUCACCAUCUUUGGCUCGGGAGCCGGUGCCGCUUGUGUGAACCUUCUCAUCCUCUCCCACCACUCCGAGGGCCUGUUCCAGAGGGCCAUCGCUCAGAGUGGAUCAGCCAUCUCCAGCUGGGCGGUCAACUACCGGCCGACUAUGUACACCAAGAUCCUGGCAAAGAAGGUCGGCUGCACUCUAGGGGACAUGGCUGACUUGGUGGAAUGCCUGAGGAGGAAGAGUUUCCGGGAGCUGGUGGAUCAAGACAUCCAGCCUGCACGCUACCACAUCGCCUUCGGGCCUGUGGUUGACGGGGACGUGGUGCCUGAUGACCCUGAGAUCCUCAUGCAGCAGGGCGAGUUCCUGAACUACGACAUAUUGCUGGGUGUCAACCAGGGAGAGGGCCUGAAGUUUGUGGAUGACAGUGAAGGAGAAGACGGAAUAUCAGCAGCCUCCUUCGACUACACCAUCUCCAACUUUGUGGACAAUCUAUAUGGAUACCCUGAUGGUAAAGACAUCCUGAGGGAAACCAUAAAGUUCAUGUACACGGACUGGGCCGACAGAGACAACAGUGACAUGCGCAGGAAGACCCUCUUGGCUCUGUUCACGGACCAUCAGUGGGUGGCCCCGGCUGUCGCUACUGCCAAACUGCACGCUGAGUUCCAGUCGCCCGUCUAUUUCUACACCUUCCACCACCACUGUCAGACGGAGGCGAGGCCAGAGUGGGCAGACGCAGCCCAUGGAGACGAGAUCCCCUAUGUGUUUGGGAUUCCCAUGGUGGGAGCCACUGACCUGUUUCCCUGUAACUUCUCAAAGAACGAUGUAAUGCUGAGUGCUGUCGUCAUGACAUACUGGACCAAUUUUGCCAAGACAGGGGAUCCUAACCUGCCAGUUCCUCAGGACACCACCUUCAUCCACACCAAGCCCAACCGCUUUGAGGAGGUCAUCUGGACCAAGUUCAGCUCCAAAGACAAGCAGUACCUGCAUAUCGGCCUGAAGCCUCGUGUGAGAGACAACUACCGAGCCAACAAGGUGGCCUUCUGGCUGGAGCUGGUCCCACAUCUUCACAGCCUCCACAAGGAAAUCAUUAGCUCCAUCACGACGCGCCUGCCGCCCGGAGGCACCAACCGCUGGAAGGGCCCCCCCAGCCCCGGCACCCGCUCCACGCGCCAUCCCGUGAUCUCCACCUACGCGCCCGAUCCUGAGCCCUACGGUUCAGAGAGGCCGCGCUUCUCUCCCUUCCCCGACGAGAAGAGGGACUACUCCACCGAGCUGAGCGUGACGGUGGCUGUGGGCGCCUCGCUGCUUUUCCUGAACAUGCUGGCCUUCGCCGCGCUUUACUACAAGCGGGACAAGCGCCACGAACUCAUGCAGAGGCGCCACCGCCGGCUGUCCCCGCAGCGCGUCACGACGAUGGGCAUGGGCGUCGGCAUGGGCGUGGUGGGGUCCCCGCCGCACAACGACCUGGCGCUGAGUCAGGAGGAGGAGCUGAUGUCGCUGCAGAUGAAGCAGCAGAGAGUGGAGCUGGAACACGGCACCCCCCUCCCGUCCCGCGGCGUCCACGGCGACCUGGAGCCCCUGCGGCCUCCGGUGUGCCCUCCCGACUACACGCUGGCCCUGCGACGUGCGCCCGAGGACGUGCCGCUGAUGACAGCCAACACCAUCACCAUGAUCCCCAGCACCAUCAGCAGCAUGCAGCCCCUGCACCCCUUCAACACGUAUCCCCCCGUGCCGGCCCCCUCCACCACACCUGUCCCCAGCCACAGCAACAAUGCCCUGCCACACCAACACUCCACCACCCGUGUAUAGGACCAGGCACAACCUCCGCCCCGCCACUCUGAGCAUACAGAGACGCACCACACGAACGAACCCCGCUCUCACCCACCUAUAUUCUUCUUUACUAUAUCGUUGUCUUUUCUCAUUAAGCCCUCAAAUAAAGCUGCAGUUUGUAAGAUUUUAAGCAGUGAAAUACCUCUAAAAUGUAAUUAUAUUUCUAGGGGGAGUUGUUUAAAGAGCUCCUUUGCCAAAAGCUUGUCAUCGUUAGUGCAUACUGCUUUGCUCCGCCCCCCCCCCCCCCCUCCCCCCCUUGUCAACGCUCUUUCAAUAUCUCGCGCCUAGGUGAGCCAUCACACGCAGCUUUAAGCUUGUAGCUGUCUCUAAAAGAGGUAUCCAGCUGAUCACAAUCAGUCAGACAUCGUAUGUGUGGCUCAGUUGUUUUGCACACGUGUUGUUGUGUCAGUGUAAAACCAUGUUUGACACAGGAAACAUGUAUUCACUUCCAUCUAUUAAGUCUAGCGAUGAUACAGAAGUGAGCAGCUCUGAGUGAAGCGACAUACGUCCCAACAAGCUGCCUGACAUGAGUGAUUUCUUGAAACUUACAAAUUGCAGCUUUAAAGGCCCAAUCUGGAACUGGAAUUUGGCACCCUGCGUCACACACCAUGUCCCAACAGCUGUCUCUGUGUUCUGAAUUUUGGAGACUUUCGAGGCGCGUGAAAUGUAUUGACAGCACUGGAACUACAAGACAGUGCUGUUCGACGUUCAAAUAAGAAUUUGUCAUCGAAAACUUUAUAUCUCGUGUUUACAAAUUGAUGCGCCUGUUUUCAGGCUCUUACAAGACCCCGAAUGCCGCCAUUACUUAAAAUCUGCAAACUCACCAAUGCUGCUUUCGAACGUUUCCAGAUUGGGCCUUCGACUGUAGGGCGGUACAGGAAAUUACCGGAUCCUACUCAGUCUGUGGGACGCGACCUGGAAUCCAGGCCGCCCAUUAGAACUCGCUGCAUCUCCGCCACACAGGCUCUAAUCAUGUCCAUUACUUUAUUUGUUUCUCACUCAUUGCCUCUCUGUCUGUAUCCCCAUCUCAGCCCAUUUAACGGCUCUGCUCUUUUCGCUGCCACGUUCUUUUUCUCUCUCUCUGCAUCUGCCCUUGUAGCUCUUUUUAUUAAACCACUGGCAUAAUCCGUUUCCAUCUCCACUUCUCUCCUCUGUCUCGCAAUCAAUUCUAGACUCUUUUUUCCUUUUGGAGUCUUUUAUACAAAAACACAAAUGUAAAUGUUGUAUUGUUAAUAAAUUGUAAGGAUAUGAAUGAAAAAAAAGAUAUUCUGAUAUCUCGUUUUUACCAGCAUUCUUGGUGCCAAGUACUGUGAUAAAGUUCCUCUUUCACUGGCGUCCAGUGGACCACCUGGAGAGGUCCAAACUGACUGUAUCUUACAAAAAGAAUUACCAUCAUAAAAAGUGCCAACCCCCUUCAUCUUUCUUUUGGAUCCACACACUUCUUCUUUUUUUGUAUUACACUCAAUGUUGCACUGUGGCUGGUUUCUUCUUUAAAGGGAAAUCAGAUUCAAUAUUUUUGGAAAAAAAAAGAAUAUAAAGUUUUAUUAACUACUUUGCUGUCUAGGAUACUUGCAUGAUGUUUUCUUUUUCAUAAAGAGUGUGGACGGACAAGUUUGUUUGUCAUUUUGAUGAUUUGCCUUGUUCUUCAUCAUUUUUCAUUUUAUUUUGAAAAACCUUUUCAUUUUCUAUUUUAAUAUCAGCUGCACUUUGUGGUACUUCAGAAAAGUAUUAAAGUAUUAAGAGAUGAAUAUUGUGUAAAACUAUGAUUAUAACAAGGGAGUAAAUAUUUCCUAUAUUUGAUUUGUUUCAUUUCCUAACACUGAGGCUGUCCUAAAACUAUCAGAAAGACUGAUGAAAGCCGUUCUUCUUUCCUCCCUCUUUUGCUCUGUUUUGCUCUUUGAACUUUCAAGUUUGAAGUCCCUGUCUCUACGAUCUCCCCUGAAGAUAGCACUCUUUUACUUUACGGCAACAAAAAAAAAGAUACAACUACGUUACAUGAAUAGUCUCUAUAAGGUUUUUGUCUGCGACUGACAUUGACCACAUGCUUCAAAGACUGCUUGAUAACUUUUUUUUUUUUCGUCUGCUCUUACGUUGUUUCACGACUCUCCCUUCUGCAAGUCGGGAGAGAGGAUAAGAUAUAUUUAUGACGGUCCAAAGGUGAGAAAGCCUCGUACGCGCGUUCCACAUCUUUUCGCACAACUGAACACAAAGGACGGGUUGCACUCUGGACAAUUCUGAAGAAAAAGAAAGAAAGAAAAAAAAACAGUGACAUUAGGACAUCACUGGACAAAUGGCGACAGUGGUUCAAUGGCGACGAGGAAACGGUGUCAAUGCACAGAGGAUGCAUUCGAAAAAACCUGAUUUAAAAAAAAAAAAGAUAAAUCUCUAAUGACAGACUGUACUCAUGCACCAUAUAUCACCAAAGCAAGGCGAGUGGGAUCAAUUCCUCCCUCCUUGUUAGGUUCUGUAUCCUGUCUGCAUAGGAUAACAACACUUUGGAGCCAGACUGCCAUCCCCUCUCACACGAGGACAAGAGAACAUAAACCAACACCUGAAACAAACUGUACAUUUUAUAAGUGUAAGAGAACCAACUGGAAUUUGUAAAUAUUAUGUUUGUCGUUUGGUUUGAAUGAUUGGCAGAAUAUUUUCUUUGUGGCAACAGGUGCAAGUUUUGGUGACUUCCAUGAUUUUAGCCCUCACGUCUACGUUUGAUUCUCCUUUAUUUCCGAGCUCUCGGGGGGCCAAAUGCCAAAUGGUCGUGGGCACGUGAAUACAUCCGUUUUUUUUUUUUAACUCCUAGCAUGGUUGAGGUCAACAUGAACACGAAAAGGAAUGCUUACGGCUCAGGUUGGCCUAGAUAUAGUGGUGAUAAAAAUGUUCUUACUGCAUAUAUAACAUACUCACUUGGCACUAUUCCAUCAAUCAUGAAGGCAGCUUUGGAGUGAAAUGUGUCGUUUCGUUGGUUAAAAAGCCCAAAACCGCUGCAAAUAACUCCAUGAAGGAUGCGGAAGGGGAAAAAAAAUUGAUAGGGCGGAUGUCCUCUAAACAGACCACCAAUCAAGGAAUUUUACUUUUGAUACUGUUGGAUUUAAUCGCUAGUGUCUCACAUUGUUUUGAGCAUUGUGAAUGCAGUAUAACAUGUAAUUGGGAAGUUGUGAAACGCUUUGUACUCUUUUUGUCUUUUUUCAGAGUCCGAUCAUGGUGGUCUUUUUGUCUGCACAUGGUGUUCACGUGAUUAUUGACCCAGCUGUUUGAUGUGAGUUCGAGUUGCCCACUCUUCAAAAAACAGCAUUACAAAGACAUUUGUUGUUGUGUUUUCUUUUGUUUUGUUCUUAAAAUAAGCCCUUCGACAGCCAACCGAUACCCGAAGCACACUCACCAAGUUUACGUGUUUACACUACAGUUAAGAUGUUGGCAUAAGGUAAGGAAGAAAAUAUGAAAAAAAAAGAAUAAAAAGGCAUUUCAAGGAUUCAGGUAUGUUCUUAUUACAUCAUUUUGUGCCGGAAUGGUAAAGUGGGAGGCUUGCACCUGUUUGUCUGUUUCCUUUAGUCUGAUUCAGUAACCUGCUUGAAGCUCAAGAUACUGCGAGGGAGCAUAAUGACCAGAAGGAGUUGAAAGAAUUAAAGUUAAUAUUUCUAUUUCAAAUAGAGGCUAUUACACACUGUAUGUUGUGUAUCUGAACUGGACAACAUUAAAAUACAUUCUUAAACAAA